UAUUUUAUCAUUAGGAAAGAAACAGCAAAGCUAUUUUCAGCUUGAAAUGAAAAAAGUUGAUAAAGGGGAUUGGGGCUUAGGUGAUUAAAAGCAAGCAUGUGAGUCAGACAUGGCCUCCCAGCCCCUGCUGGUCUGUUGCGCUGUCGCUGUCGCAGGACACUCAAGUUGCUAUCAGAAGCACUUUUCUCUGUCAAAGUGACUGGCUUUUGUCACGCAAUCCCCAGGUUAUAAUGGGAGAGUAGGACAGGCCCCAGAGCAGUCAGCUGAGCCAGCCCUGCUGGGUGAGUCGGUCCUCUGGGGCUCGCUAUGCCCCUGACCUCCGCAUGGGGAACACCAUCAGGGCCCUUGUGGCCUUCAUCCCUGCUGACCGCUGCCAGAACUAUGUGGUCAGGGACCUCCGUGAGAUGCCGCUGGACAAGAUGGUGGAUCUGAGUGGGAGCCAGCUACGGCGCUUCCCCGUGCAUGUGUGCUCCUUCAGGGAGCUGGUCAAGCUCUACCUAAGCAACAACCACCUCAACAGCCUGCCCCUGGAGCUGGGGCAGCUACAGAACCUGCAGAUUCUGGCCCUGGAUUUCAACAACUUCAAGGCUCUGCCCCAGGUGGUGUGCACCUUGAAACAGCUCUGCAUCCUCUACCUGGGCAACAACAAACUCUGCGACCUCCCCAGUGAGCUGAGCCUGCUCCAGAACCUCAGGACCCUGUGGAUCGAGGCCAACUGCCUCACCCAGCUGCCGGAUGUGGUUUGUGAGCUGAGUCUCCUUAAGACUCUGCAUGCCGGCUCCAAUGCCCUGCGUCUGCUGCCAGGGCAGCUCCGGCGCCUCCAGGAGCUGAGGACCAUCUGGCUCUCAGGCAACCGACUAACCGACUUCCCUGCUGUGCUGCUUCACAUGCCCUUCCUGGAGGUGAUUGAUGUGGACCGGAACAGCAUCCACUAUUUUCCCAGCCUGGCCCACCUGUCAAGUCUGAAGCUGGUCAUCUAUGACCACAAUCCUUGCAGGAACGCACCCAAGGUGGCCAAAGGUGUGCGCCGUGUGGGGAGAUGGGCAGAGGAGACCCCAGAGCCUGACCCCAGAAAAGCCAGGCGCUAUGCAUUGGUCAGAGAGGAAAGCCUUGAGCCACAGGCACCUGCCCCACCUCCUCCACUUCCUCCUACUGACUCCUGAGGAGCUUCAGUUGCAAGUCAAUGCCAAGGACCCAACUGCAGCCUGUUGAGGAUGCCUCUUUAUUGGAGUGAAAAGGAUGGUGCUGGGUCCUUCAGGUGUGGCUCUGCUAGUAGAGGUUGAUGGAGAGAGCCAGGUGGAAUGUCAUAAAUCACACUGAGAAGAAAACAUUCUGGCCAACAGCACCUCUUCCAGAGGGGAGUUGUGUGCCAGUGAUGGCAUGACAAUCCAGAGAUCCUAACUUCUUUGCAAGAAAAUAGCUUCUACAUGCAGAUAUUUUGAAACACUGAAGAGCAAAAAGAGCUGGGACACUGAACUCCUGCACUCUCCAGAAGUGACUGGUCAUGAGGCUCAUGAGCUCCUCAAAUAAGGUAUUUGUCAUAGAACUCAAUAUUCUGGUGGUCUGUCCCUCUGCAGGACAUAUUUUCUUUACUGUAAAUGACCAUAAACAGUAUCAAUGUAUCAUUGAUUGGGGCCACUGAAAAGGAUAUUUCCACGUAGUCAAUCAGUAAGAUUCACAGAAAAAAGUUAUUGCAAAGGCUCGAGAUCAAACUCUUUCCCUAGCAGUUUAGUGCCUGCUGAAAAGAUCCCUGAUGGACAAUACCUCUUGGUGAACUCCAGCUGCCCCUUUUAUUAUUCUUAGAGACCAGGUUUCACUCUGUUGCUAGGCUGGAGUGCAGUGGCACAAUCUC